AAACCACACCGAAUAUCAAGGACUAUUUCGUACUUUCCCACCUGCAACCCCCUCUCUCUCAAGCUUCACCCACAACCUCUCUGCAUCUUUCUGCGUGAAGAGUGAGGGAGAUUUCGCGCGCCAAACACACGACGGUGCUAUCAACUCCGGCGGUGUCGCCGUAACGCCACUCCACUACUCUCUCUCUCUCUCUCGCUGAGCCUGGGAGAUGAAGUUGUCAUCACUUUGGAUUCUCAGCCUUCUCAUUCUCUGCGAUCUACUUCUCUCUCAUCCUUCAUUCGCCGAUAAGUCGGAAACGGAGGAGCCGGAGCUUCUUCUACCGGAAACCAACGUAACCGCCAUCGGUAAUGCCUCGCUUGCGAGAUCCAAGGAUGACAGCUUCGCUACCAUGAUUGAUCGGGCUCUCGAGAGGGAGUUCCCUGAGAAUGAGCAGAAUGAAGGCACUGAUGAUCCUGGUAGUUUCAACAACAGUGUUAAUGAUCAGCAGGCUGUUUUGGAAACUGUUGCAAGAGUUAAGUCCAAGAAAAAUGAAAGCAAAGAGGAAAAGUCAUUUCAGUUCCAUGAUGUUUUCAAUUUGGAUAAUGAGAACCGGGCAGAGGACAUGCCAACUUUAAUUGAUCGGAAGGACAAUGUCUUUAUCAUAUCCAAUCCCAAGUCAAAAUAUCCUGUUCUUCAAUUAGACUUGAGAUUGAUAUCAGAUCUUGUGGUUGUUAUUGUCUCUGCCACCUGUGGUGGCAUUGCCUUUGCUUGUGCUGGACAACCGGUUUUGACCGGAUAUCUGCUAGCAGGAUCAAUCAUUGGCCCAGGAGGAUUUGGUUUUGUUAGUGAAAUGGUCCAAGUUGAGACAGUUGCUCAGUUUGGUGUCAUUUUUUUGCUCUUUGCAUUGGGCUUAGAGUUUUCCACAACAAAGCUUCGAGUUGUUCGAGCAGUGGCUAUUCUUGGAGGUCUGCUCCAAAUUUGUUUAUUUAUGUGCUUGUGUGGAAUAACAGCUUCGUUAUGUGGUGGUAAAUCAUCUGAAGGAAUAUUUGUUGGUGCAUUUCUGUCCAUGUCUUCAACAGCAGUGGUCUUGAAAUUCUUAAUGGAAAGGAAUAGCAUCAACGCCCUCCAUGGUCAGGUCACAAUUGGAACCUUGAUUCUUCAGGAUUGUGCAGUUGGUUUGCUCUUUGCAUUACUUCCUGUCUUGGGUGGAACAUCAGGUGUUCUUCAGGGAGUUAUAUCCAUGACUAAAUCGUUAUUGGUAUUACUUACAUUUUUAGCCGUUUUGUCAAUAUUAUCUCGUACUUGUGUACCGUGGUUCCUUAAGCUUAUGAUAAGCUUAUCAUCUCAGACCAAUGAACUUUAUCAGUUGGCAUCAGUGGCGUUCUGUCUACUUGUUGCUUGGUGUAGUGAUAAGCUGGGUUUGAGCCUGGAACUAGGUUCCUUUGCUGCAGGAGUGAUGAUAUCAACGACAGAUCUUGGUCAACAUACACUUGAACAAGUUGAGCCAAUUCGCAACUUUUUUGCGGCUCUGUUCUUGGCCAGCAUUGGGAUGCUUAUACAUGUCCAUUUCCUUUGGAAUCAUGUUGACAUUUUACUGGCUGCUGUUAUAUUGGUGAUCAUUAUAAAAACAAUUGUAGCUGCAGCUGUUGUCAAGGGGUUUGGAUACAACAACAAGACUUCAGUUCUUGUUGGGAUGUCCCUAGCACAAAUUGGGGAAUUUGCUUUCGUUCUUCUCAGUCGUGCUUCAAAUCUUCAUUUAGUUGAGGGAAAGUUGUACUUAUUGCUCUUGGGAACAACAGCUCUCAGUCUGGUGACUACACCAUUGCUUUUCAAGCUCAUUCCUGCUGUUGUGCAUCUUGGUGCCUUGUUGCGGUGGUUCCCUCCUGACGGUCCAGCUGAGAUUGCAUUUAAAGCGGACAGUUUUCGAGCAGACAGUGCUAAGCGUAUUACUUUGAUGGUUCAAGGCUCUCAUGAUUCAUGAUAGUGAAAUAUAUUAUGAAACAGAAAUGAAAUCUGCGGAUUAUACCUGAUGGCUUCUAACAGUUUGGACAGGUGCCGAAGAGUGCUACUAAGGUUUGACUAUUCAUUCUCUACUACAAAGAACUGUAUAUUCUGCCUGCUUUGGGAGCACGUACCGGAAACAGUGAUGCAAUGGCAAACGCAGGCCACGGGAACCGGAUUCAUCAACUAACCUAGUAAAUGGCCAUGUUGUUAUUAACUUGAAUGGCCAAUUUUUGUGUAUAAAGUAAUGUCUAGCUGCAGUUAGUAGUGUAAUUCAUUUGAAAUACGAUACUGUUAAAUUACCCCUCCCCCCCCUAAUGUUCCCAUUUUACUUUAUCCCAAAUUUUGGGUUGAUUGGUUUUUGAAUAUGUGUAAGUUGUCUACACACAGUCAAAUGUAUUAUGCUCAUAGACUGUUGAACUGAUUAGUGAUAGCGGAAAGUAAAUUGAUUUGUUCA